AGUUAAAGGGUUUUGCUGAGCCAUCACAGAAUGCUAUCAAAACCCUCUUUCAGUACAGAGGCUGCCCGCAGUUCCUGGUCUGUCCUGUCCCCCUGAUUUUCCUAAAGGGCAGUCUCACCCUGUUCUCUAUAUUUCCUAACAGAAGAUCAAAACAAGCCUGCCAUCAUGUCUGAAAAAAAGAUGACCUCAAGCCGUCGGCACCAUCUCAAAAGUUUGAUAUUGGGUAUAGCCAAGGACCUGCUGGAGGCUGAUGAAAAGCGGGUAGAGCAGGAAAGAGUUCAAUAUAUGGAAGAGAAAUGCGUUCCUCUAUCUCUGCCUGGCUCAGUGCAGGAAUUACAGGACCUGUGCAAAGAGCUUCAUCAGAAGAUUGAUGUGGUAGACGAGGAGAGAUAUGACCUGUCUGUUAAAGUGGCCAAAAGCGAAAAAGAGAUUGAAGAUCUGAAGAUAAAGGUUCAGGACCUGAUAGGUAAAUUCAAGAAACCCGCACUUAAGAAAGUGCGUAUGUCUGCUGACAGCAUGCUGCAGGCCCUGCUGGGCUCCAAACACAAGGUGUCUCUGGACCUGAGAGCCAACCUCAAACAGGUCAAGAAAGAGGUCAAGGAGGAGGAUAAGGAGGCAGUGGGAGACUGGCGUAAGAACGUCGAGGAUAAGGCUGGCAUGGGCGGCAGGAAGAAGAUGUUUGAGUCUGAUGCUUAAACAGGCAGCCGCUUGACUUUUGGAGUUAAUUUUCUGAUGGACUUUCAGUUGUCGCUGUUGCAAAGUUGUCAAAAAGUGCUUUUACAUCCAAACUACACAACCAUCAAACCAACAGUAACUAAGCUAAUCAUAAUACGCAGAAUGUUAUGUACUACAUGAGUGAUGAUCCGUGAACUCACCUUAACAAAUAAAAGUAGUAAAAGAAA